AUGGAUAAAAACAAAUCAUCUACAGUUAGCAGCGCAACAUCUGCAGAAUACAGUACAAACGUGGUUUCAGCAGCAUCAAAACAAGCCAUUACUAGCGCCACUGUUGAAACUUCCUCAGAAGAUUUUCGAGCACGACCGAGAAGAAUCGUGCAAAAUUUCCUUUUAGUAUGGCUCGAUGUCAAUAUUGAUGAAAACACGGAAGAUUUUCAAAAAUCAUUGACGGAACUUCGAAAGAUUAUCGUGACAGUAGAACCAUUUACUGACGUCGACCAAUGUGUUGAUUACCUAACAAGUAUAGAUGAUCAGAAAAUCUAUUUAAUCACUUCUGUGUCACUUGGCCAAACGAUAGUGCCGCUUAUACAUGAUAUAGUUCAACUUGAUAUGAUCUUUGUUUUCUGUUCAAACAAAGAUGACCACAAAGUAUGGGCGAAUGAAUGGUCGAAAGUGAGAGGGAUUCAUGACUCAAUACAGCCUAUAUGCAUGCAACUAGCAAAGGCGACAUAA